AUGAGUGAGCCAGGUCCCUUGUAUUGCGGUACUGGCUGCCUCGCUAAUUGCGAUGCGACGGCUGAGUGUGGAAAGUUUGCCAAAGAGCCGGGGAAGAAGUGCCCGCUUAACGUUUGCUGCAGUCAACAUGGCUUUUGUGGUACGACAACAGAUUUCUGCAACUCUAAAUGCCAGAGUAAUUGCGUCGAGCACCCCAAGCCGCCUGGAGGCUCUAGCACUGGGCGGACAUUAUCUAGAGUUAUUGGAUACUACGAAGCGUGGAAUGCCCGCUCCAAGUGUCACGAGACGCUGCCCAAGGACCUGCCCCUCGCCGCCCUCACGCAUAUCAACUAUGCAUUUGCCUUUAUCCAUCCAGUCUCAUUCGUAGUCACUACUAUGGACUCUGCCACCCCGGGAUCGCUGUUUGCUGAUCUGGAGAGACUCAAGUCGGCUAAGCCGAGCCUACAGAUCUGGGUCAGCAUUGGCGGAUGGACCUUUUCUGAUGACAACACACCUACGCAGCCUGUCUUUGGAAAUAUUGCGCGGGAUCAAAAGUAUAGAGAAAUCUUUGCAAAGAACCUGCUGUCCUUUGUUCAGAUGUAUGGAUAUGACGGCGUCGACAUUGACUGGGAAUACCCCGGAGCGCCUGACCGUGGUGGGAAGCCAGAGGACGUCGAAAACUAUGUCCUCUUGCUCAAAGAGAUUCGAGCCGUGUUUGACCGCUCUGGGCGCCAGCUCGGCAUCUCACUCACCAUACCGGCGUCGUACUGGUACCUGAAAUGGUUUGAUCUGCCGGGCUUACUCAAGUACGCCGACUUUGUCAAUCUAAUGAGUUAUGAUUUGCAUGGAGUCUGGGACAGCAGCAAUCCCAUUGGCAGCAGGGUCCUCGGACAUACAAACUUGACAGAAAUCUCCCUUGCGGCUGAAUUACUGUGGAGGGCUGGCGUGAAACCUUCACAAGUCUCUCUAGGCUUUGGCUUUUACGGCCGCGCAUUCACCUUACAAGAUCCAUCCUGCACCACGCCGGGAUGCCCGUUCAAAGAAGGCGCCCGGCCUGGCGUCUGUACCGGCACCAGCGGCUAUCUUGCUUACUACGAAGUGCAAGACAUCUUAAAAAAGAACCCUGAUAUCGAGGUUGUCCACGAUAAGGAAGCUGCAGUCAAGUACAUGACGUGGGAUCAGGACCAGUGGAUUUCCUUCGACGAUGCAGACACGUUCAAGCAGAAAGUCGAAUGGGCGGACAAGAUUGGCUUUUCUGGAGCAUUGAUUUGGGCAUCGGACCUGGACGACUACACCUGGAGCGCCCACAAGGCUCUGAUCAGCAAGGAAAUCCCCAACAACUACAAGAUUCCGAACCCUCUGGUUCGGCGAAUGCUUCCGGGAACGACCUAUGAAGAAUACUCGACGGAAGCCUGCUAUCGCCAGAAGGACUGUGCAGAUCUGAACAACCCGUUGGUGUCGCGCUGCGCGAGCGGGUACUUUACCGCCGGCUACGACGUUUCGGACUGCGGCGACAAUAAGAAGAUCAAGUAUGCAAAACGCAUCUGCUGCCCGUCCAGCAAUAGUCCGACAUACUGCACCUGGCGCGGCCGGCCGGAUUGGAUCGGCGACUGUAACGGCCAGUGCCAGCAGGGAGAGAUGACGCUCUUUGAGUCGAGGCGAGGCGGCAAGUCCGAGCUUGGCAACAAGGACGAUGAGAGCGGCGAAAACAAAAAGUGCAGGCGAGGCGUCAAGACGUUUUGCUGCGGUUCACGCCGCUUUUCGAAAGAGGACAGGACCUGCCGCUGGACACAAUGUAACGAGAAGUGCUCCGGUGACGAAAGUGAGCUUGCUAAAGUGGUCCAGUACGACGACAAGGACAAGGGCAGCAAGGGCUGCAACUGGUACAAGGAUGGACAGCGAUACUGCUGUAAGAAGGGGUACAAGGACGUGACUGCGUUCAAGUACUGCAACUGGGUCGGCCAAGGCGACUGCGGCGAGAAUCGGUGUAGCGGUACUGAAGUCACCGUUCACCAGAGCUCGGUCGGAGCUGGAGGCUGGAAACAGUGUCUGUGGGGUCGCAAGAAAUCGCUCUGCUGCUCACCGAACCCGGACUUUGAUAUGCAGCAUAGCGCGACAAUGUGCGCUGCCGGCGUCGGCGAGUCCUUGCUAGAAGAUGAGCUACCAGAUUAUGAGGAUGACGGUGCUGAUGACUCUUUGCUGGAUCGCGCAGCGGGGCCUUCAGACCUCACCUUACAUCCCUCUGUUCGUUCUCUGGAAGCCAGAGGCGGUCGUAGAACUUACAUGUUCGAUGUUGUCAAGUGGUUGCCGUCACUGGUCACUCACCUGGGCAAGGAGUUGAGAUUUUCCUCGAGCCCAUACCCCCAGCCACCGAGGCUUGUCGAGCUCUGGGCCAAAUCAGAGAUACCCGCCAUAGCGUUCAGGAUGGCUGCGGGAAGUUGUGUGCAGCCAGGUCUCGAGAAGCUGGAUCCUUCAAAGCUCACAACGCCAGCAGAGCUUCGCUUGUUCCCCCAUAUGGAUAUCGAGCAUAGCAUCGAUCUCAAUGUUCUUUCCAACUUUUUCCAGACGGCCAUGACAGGUAUUCUUCCAUCGCAAGCUAUUGUCGCCACAAAAGUAGGCUUCACCGCGGUGCAGCUUUGGUCAGCGUGGAAGACGCCCAUGACAGGGCCAUUGCCUCCUCUGAAGCUUCCCAGAGGCUCCGAGCACACUAUCAAUGAUCACGAGUAUGUCAAGGCAGCCUCAGGGGUCCUCGAUGCGCUGCACACCGAGGCAGGCGUCGCAGAGAAGGUCUGGGGUCUGACCGGCUUCCAGGAGCUGUUUCAAGAGUUCCAGGCCGACUUUUUGAAGCAUUCCACCAGUACUGUUUUGCGCAAUUACGAAGGCAUUGUCAAAACAGCAACUCAACUUGUGACCAACAAAAAGUAUGGCCUCCCAGCGGACAUUGCCACACUACGGGCCUUGGAGCUUGAGAAGCUUGGCAAAGCAACCGCAUCCAUGACCUUGAAGCACCUCAUCCGAAAGGAUUCGGGCAGCUAG